GCUGAAUAACGAGGAGAGAAACACCCACUUCGGACUGACCGAAUUGUAUCCGGAGCGAAGGAGUGAGAGAAAGAAAGAGGGGGAGAAGGAGUGAGAAGAAAGAGGGACGCUUUGGGAGGCAGCAGCAGCAGCAGCGGUAGCAGUCUUUGGUAUUCACGGGACUUCCUUUGGGGAUAGGAGGACGCUUUGAAUUGAUGACAGGAGAGGUCUAGACUGCUGGUUGUGAGGAUGUUGUCAGAGGGGAAGAUCAGAUGGUGUUUGUGGGCUCCACUGGUGUUGCUGUUCCUCAUAUCCUGGUAUCCCACUAAUGCACAGGGUCAAGUUCCAGCUCCGAGGAGGCUGCGCUUCAAAGCACUGAGCCCAAGAAAACUCCUAGUUUCAUGGAAGGAGCCCAAAGGAGAGUUUGACAGCUAUCUGUUUCUCUACAACAGUAUACCAGGGGGUCAGCAGAGGGAGAUCAUAGUAUCUAAAUCUGACACCAGGGUGUUGAUAACAGACUACAAUCCUUCUAAAGACUACGUUUUCAGUGUCAUCGCCGUCAGCGGCAGCGAGCAGAGCAGACCACUUCAGGGCAGAUAUAAAGCGGGUGAAAGCGGUGAAGGUGACGGACGAGACAAGACCGAGCCUCAGAGGCUGACUGAUUCGGUUGCACCUCCCGAGGACGCCAAUGAGAUCUCCGGAGCUGAUCAGUUUGUGUGCCACACCGAGGCCAUCGCAGAUAUUGUGAUCCUGGUGGACGGCUCCUGGAGCAUCGGCCGGCUCAACUUCAGGCUGGUCCGUAUGUUUUUGGAGAAUCUGGUCAACGCCUUCGACGUCGGCAUCGACAAGACGAGAAUAGGUUUGGCUCAGUAUAGCGGUGAUCCCAGGAUAGAAUGGCAUCUAAAUGCUUUCUACACUAAAGAAGCAGUCAUUGAUGCUGUCAAGAACCUGCCGUACAAAGGAGGAAACACGCUCACAGGCCUUGCAUUGACUUAUAUCUUGGAGAAUUGCUUCAAGCCAGAAGCUGGCUCACGGGACGGAAUACCGAAAAUCGGGAUCCUCAUCACAGACGGAAAAUCCCAGGAUGAUGUUAUACCACCGGCAGAGAGCCUACGAAACGCUGGCGUCGAGUUGUUUGCCAUUGGUGUGAAGAACGCUGACGAGUCCGAGUUGCGCUCCAUCGCCUCUGACCCGGACUACAGUCACGUCUACAACGUGGCGGACUUCAACAUCAUGAGCUCCAUCGUAGAGGGUCUAACCAAAACCGUGUGUGAGCAAGUGGAGCAGCAAGACAAAGACAUCAAGCAGAAACAUGUUCCAGAGACGAUAGGAGUGCCACUCAACCUGGUCACUUCAGAUGUCACGGCCCGAAGCUUUCGGGUCUCAUGGAGCCGCGCCGCUGGAAACGUGGAGAAGUACAGAGUGGUUUAUUAUCCUGCCCAAGGAGGAGAACCACAGGAGGCUGUGGUGGACGGCGGCGAGACUUCUGUGGUGUUGCAGCAUCUCAGCUCUCUCACCGAGUACCAGCUGGCCGUGUUUGCUGUGUACGCAAGUGAGGCAAGCGAAGCUCUGAGAGGAUCCGAAACAACCCUGGCUCUUCCUGCAGUGACCGGCCUCCAGCUGUUUGAUGUGACUCACAGCAGCAUGAAAGCGAGAUGGGAGAGUGUGGACGGAGUCUCUGGCUACAUGCUACUGUACGCGCCUCUUUCUGAUGAAGGAGACUUGGAUGAGAAGGAGGUCAAAGUAUCAGAUGCAGUUACAGAGCUGGAGCUGGAUGGAUUGACUCCUCACACUGAAUACACUGUCAGCGUUUAUGGCAUGUUUGGAGAAGAAGCCAGCGAUCCUGUUACAAACCAGGAAACCACACUGCCGCUGAGUCCUCCCAGCAACCUCCAGUUCUCUGACAUCACUCACAACUCCGCCCACAUCAGCUGGGAGCCCGCGCCCGGCGCAGUCAAAGGUUAUCGCAUAAUGUGGGUCAAGUCAGACGGACUCGUCACGGAGGAGGUGGAUGUGGGUCCAGUGAGUUCUUAUGACCUCAAGGAGCUGACGUCUCUGAUGGAGUACUCGGUGGCCAUCUCCGCCCUGUACGACGAGGGCCGGUCAGAGCCGCUCAACGACGGCUUCACCACCACUCCCGUUCCCGGUCCUCUGAAUCUGCGCUCCGCUGAUGUCGGCACAGACAGCUUUAUGGUCAGCUGGGAUCACUCAGCCAGCGACAUUGUCCUCUACAGACUCUCCUGGGCCCCGCUCACAGGUGGAGACACAAAGGAGGUGGUCUUGAUUGGAAGCGAUAACAGCUACAUCCUGGCCGGCCUCAGUCCCUCUACUGAGUAUGAGGUCAUGCUGACGGCCGUGUUCAAAGAUGAAUCUGAAAGCGACACCGUCUCUGUCCUAGAAACUACAUUGGCUAUGACAACAACGAUCACUACCACGACCACGGUGGCACGUGAGGCUGUGAGAAACCUUCAGCUGAGUGACGAGACCACCCAGAGCUUGGAGGCUUCGUGGGAGCUGGACGACCCUAACGUGGAGAGCUACAGGGUCACCUACGCCGGACUCAGCGGUGAACACAAUGAGGAGUCUGUGUUAGUUCCUGGUGGUCAGAGGAGAGCGGUGCUCGAGCCUUUGCUAUCAGACACUCAGUACAAAGUGACGGUCACACCAGUGUACAGAGAUGGACAAGACGGCAUUGGUGUCUCUGCCUUGGGUUCCACAUUGCCCCUCUUGUCUCCUGAAAACGUGCGUGUCUCCGAGGAGUGGUACAACAGCUUCAGGGUCACCUGGGAUCCGCCUCAGUCUCCUACAGUCGGCUACAAUGUCGUCUACCAGCCCGUCUACGAUAAAGGUCCAGUUUUGGAGACGACAGUGAGUGACGACUUGAACACGGUGUUCCUUUUCAAUCUACAAAGCGGGACCGAGUACAGCGUCCAAGUGACGGCUUCCUAUCCCGCAGGACAGAGCGAACCGCUGCUGGUGAACGCUAAGACGUUGUUCCUCGGUGUUUCUGGCCUGUCGACGUACCAGGUGCGUCCCAGCAGCAUGUGUGUCCAGUGGCAGCCUCUUCUACGAGCCACGUCGUACAGAGUCUCUAUACAGUCAACACUCAAUGGUCAGAGGCAGGAAGUGACUCUGGGAGGCGGAGCUUCCAGACAGUGCUUCUAUGACCUCACUCCCAGCAGCCAAUACCAGAUCAGCAUCUACACGCAAAUCCAAGAAAUAGAGGGACCCUCUGUCUCCAUCACCGACAUGACACUGCCGGCGCCCACUCAGCCUCCCACUGAACCACCCACGACGGAGCCUCCUCCCACAAUCCCACCGGCUAAAGAAGUAUGUAAGGAGGCCAAGGCCGACCUGGUGUUCCUGGUGGACGGCUCCUGGUCCAUCGGAGACGACAACUUCAUGAAGAUCACGCGUUUUCUCUACAGCACCAUGGGGUCGCUGGAUCUGAUCGGACCAGAUGGCACCCAGGUGGCCAUUGCUCAAUUCAGCGACGACGCUCGGACAGAAUUCCAGCUGAGUUCCCAUAGCAACAAGGAAGCGCUGCUGGAAGCUAUUCAGAGGAUCCGAUACAAAGGAGGAAACACCAAGACAGGUCGAGCCAUCAAACAUGUGAAGGAGUCGAUCUUUACCCCAGAAGCUGGGGCCAGGAGAGGCGUUCCUAAAGUCCUGGUUGUUCUGACGGAUGGACGUUCUCAAGAUGAUGUCAACAAAGUGUCCAAAGAGAUGCAGAUGGAGGGCUAUAUCAUCUUUGCCAUCGGAUUUGCGGACGCAGACUAUGGCGAGCUGGUGAAUAUUGCCAGCAAACCCAGCGACAGACAUGUCUUUUUCGUUGAUGAUUUGGAUGCUGUGAAGAAAAUAGAAGAACAGCUCAUUACCUUUGUCUGUGAGGCCGCCACUGCCACAUGUCCGUCCGUUUUGAUGAGUGGUAACACAAUGGCAGGUUUCCGUAUGAUGGAGAAGUUUGGCCUCGUUGAGAAGGAGUACAGCACCAUACCUGGCGUGUCUCUGGAGCCUGGUUCGUUCAACAGCUUCCCGUGUUACAGGUUACACCGCGACGCCCUGGUGUCACAGCCCACCAAGUACCUUCACCCUGAAGGUCUGCCCUCCGACUACACAAUUUCUAUGAUGCUCCGCCUUCUUCCCGAGACCCCCCAGGAGCCCUUUGCAUUGUGGGAAAUCCUCGGCAAGGACAAUGAGCCACUGGUGGGACUAAUCCUCGACAACUCUGGGAAAACUCUGACGUUCUUCAACUACGACUACAAAGGAGACUUCCAGACCGUUAACUUUGAAGGAGCAAAAAUAAAGAAAAUCUUCCAUGGAAGCUUUCACAAGCUCCAUGUAACUAUCAGCAAGACGUCAGUGAAGGUGGUAUUGGAUUGUUCUGUGGUCGGGGAGAAACCCAUCAGCGCCGCCGGUAACAUCACCACCGAUGGAGUGGAGAUCCUCGGAAGGAUGGUUCGCUCCCGAGGCCGACAAGACAAAUCGGCUCCGUUCCAGCUCCAGAUGUUUGACAUCAUCUGCAGCACAUCGUGGGCCAGCAGAGAUAAGUGCUGCGAGCUGCCAGCAUUGAGAGUUGAAGAGCAGUGUCCUCCCCUGCCUCACGCCUGUACUUGCUCCCAGGACAGUAAAGGACCUCCAGGACCCACUGGACCCCCUGGCGGUCCGGGCAUACGGGGAGCCAGAGGAGACCGAGGAGAGCCAGGAGUGACGGGACCUCAAGGGCCAACAGGAGAAGUGGGCCCCUCUGGACCACCGGGACCACCUGGUCCUCAGGGACCCAGUGGACUCUCCAUUCAGGGACCCCCGGGUGCUGCUGGAGAGAAGGGAGAAAGAGGAGAGAUUGGACCUGCCGGAUCAAUGGGUAUUCAUGGAGGUCCUGGAUCACCUGGUAGAGAUGGCCCCCCAGGAGCGAGGGGUCUGCCAGGUAAUAUUGGACCACAGGGACGACAGGGACCUCCUGGACCUGUUGGCGCCCCUGGAGCACCAGGAGCUCCAGGAUCGGGCGGGCCAGCGGGGCCUCAAGGAGACCAAGGGCUUCCAGGUUCUGCUGGUACCAAAGGCGAUAAGGGAGAAAGAGGUGAUGUUCAGUCUCAGGCUGCUGUGAGAGCUAUUGCCCGGCAAGUGUGCGAGCAGCUCAUCCAGAGUCACCUGUCUCGCUAUAACUCCAUCCUCAACCAGAUCCCCGUCCAGUCUGUCCAGUCUGUCCGAACGGUGCCCGGGCCACCUGGAGAGCCGGGUAGGAGAGGCCUUCCUGGUCCUCAGGGAGAGCAAGGUCCACCUGGAAGGCCAGGUUUCCCCGGUACAAACGGCCAGAACGGCCGGCCGGGUGAGAGAGGUCUGCCAGGAGAGAAGGGAGAAAGGGGGAGUCAAGGUGUUGGGACUCAGGGGCCUCGAGGACCACCCGGAGGUCCAGGUUUGCCAGGUGAAGGACGGACAGGCAGCCAGGGCCCACCCGGUCGGCCCGGUAACCCGGGGACUGCAGGGAGGCAGGGGAAUCCGGGCAGCACAGGACCACCUGGUCCACCAGGAUACUGUGACCAGAACUCCUGUAUGGGAUACAACGUCGGAGUCCAACCCCUGCCUCACGGCGGCUACCAGUCCUACAGUCCUCCCUACAACCAGCAGUACAACCCUGCUGCGGUGGCCUACAACAACGACCAAGGGCGGGGCGGCGACGAGGACGAGGACGAGGACGAGGAGGAAGAAGAAGAGCAGGAUCCAUAUUACCGUGGUUACCCCCCUCAGUACUACCCACAACAGCCCGCGCAGUUGGCUCACGCUCGCCACGGUUACCGCUCGAGCCCCACCCACUCCGAGGACGUGGAGCUGCGGUCGCCGGGGGUCGCCAGGAGGUUUCAGCGGGACGUCGUCACGGAGGAGAGCGAGGAGGGUGGACUUUAGAGGAAGGAUGGACUCACCUGAAGUGCUUGAGCCCUGCACGUCACAGCACACACACACACACAAAUUCACACAAACAUGUACGCACACUGCUCAUCUGAAACUGGUGAGACUCCGCCCUCCCUCCGUCUGUCCGUCCGUCUCCAGUGGGUUUCCCCACCAGGUGAAGCCAUGUAAAUAUCUCUGUGGACUCUUGUAUGAUAUCUCUGUAAAAAGGGAGGUCCGAAAAAGUGCCUGAUCUAUGUUAGCAUCGUCCAGUGGUAAUGUAAAGGUAAGACCAGUUCUUCCCCAUCUCACAGCCCAUUACAGGACUAAUCUCUCCUCCUUUUUUGUGUGAAGCUGCAUGUCUCCUUCUCCGAGCUGUAACUGGACACGUGCGUCUCGUUUUUGGUUGUAGCCAGCGACAUUAUUUUUACAGUCUGAAUCACGGAGGACGAUGAGCCGGCAACAGAUGUACAGGCUGCUUUUUCUAACGAUGAUGAAUAGUGAGUCCCCCCUGUUUCCACGCCGUCUUUAUUUCAACGUGUAUUGAGGUGAUUCGUUCGUACAGUGUUGUGUUCCGUUUUUUCUCUUUGCCUUUUUUUUUUUUUAAAUCCCUCAACAUGAAAGGCCCCAAACUUCAGUUUUCUUUUGUUUUCCCCGAACACUGUGUGACACAGCCCGUUUUCAAAACUGAUGUAAAUUUGGCUGCCAUUACAUCUUGUCCUGCGGUUUUUCACUCAUGGAUGAUGCUCUGCUCUGGGUUUUGUCUCCUUAAAGAACAAAUCUGUGUCGUUUGCGUCUUGUGUUUGCUGCCCCAGGUGUGUUUCAUUUGUCUUAUGCAAAUUCAGGGGCCCGCUCACUGUGGAGGCCGUUUGCUCACUGGUUAACCUCCGACCUCUCGCUGGAAUGCAACCUCAAGCCAGUUAUCAUUAAAAACAGUCUGUUGCUUCUAUGUGAAAUCAAUAAAGACUGAACUGAAGAGUUAACUCCCCCCCCCCCCCUGCACGGCGGUCUGAAAAAAACAAGCACUAAAAUUUGAGCCGUGAGCCUCAGUCUAGAUUUAAACCGUGGAACGUGAACAGCUUUAACAGGAAUGUGUCUGUGUCAACCACACCCCUCAGUACAAUAUGAACUUAUUUAUUUUUCAUUUUGUUUGCUUUUAUAACCAAUAAAUCUGUAAUGAAACAGAA